AUCGCUCUGUUGAAGAUCCUGUUAGCUGCGGCUCCAACUUCAAAAGCCAAGACCGACUCAAUCAACAUCCUGGCAGAUGUGUUGCCGGAGGAAAUGCCGGUGACCGUCCUCCAGAGCAUGAAACUGGGGAUCGACGUCAACCGGCACAAAGAAAUCGUCGUGAAGAGCAUCUCUGCUUUAUUGUUGUUGCUCCUGAAGCAUUUUAAGCUGAACCACGUUUAUCAGUUCGAAUAUGUCGCCCAGCAUCUGGUCUUCGCCAACUGCAUCCCGCUGAUCCUGAAGUUCUUCAACCAGAACAUCCUGUCCUACAUCACCGCCAAAAACAGUGUUUCUGCCUUGGAUUACCCCGCCAGCACCGUCCAUGAGUUACCGGAACUCAAUGCUGAAAGUCUCGAGGCGGGAGACAACAACCAGUUUUGCUGGAGAAACCUCUUCUCCUGCAUCAACCUCCUGAGGAUUCUCAACAAACUGACCAAAUGGAAACAUUCAAGGACGAUGAUGCUGGUUGUCUUCAAGUCGGCUCCCAUCCUGAAGCGGGCUCUGAAGGUGAAACAAGCCAUGAUGCAGCUCUACGUCCUGAAGCUGCUGAAGAUCCAGACCAAGUACCUCGGGCGCCAGUGGCGGAAGAGCAACAUGAAAACCAUGUCGGCCAUCUACCAGAAGGUCCGUCACCGCAUGAACGAUGACUGGGCGUACGGCAACGACAUCGAUGCUCGUCCUUGGGACUUCCAAGCCGAAGAAUGCAGUUUACGAGCCCACAUUGAGUCCUUUAAUAGCCGGAGAUACGACCAGAUCCGGGACGCUGAAUUUUCUCCGGUCGACAACUGCCUCCAGAGCGUGUUGGGACAACCGUUAGAACUGCCCGAAGAUUUCCGCUACUCGUACGAACUCUGGCUCGAGAGAGAAGUAUUUUCCCAGCCCAUUCACUGGGAAGAACUGCUGGGCUACCAGUGAUGGGGGGGGGACGGGAUUCGAACUCGGCGCUUCGGCCGACAAGUGCUACAUUAGGGAGGGGGGGAAAGAGGAAGGGUUUUUUUUCUUUCUUUGUGGACAUCUUUCCACAGGGAAUUACCUGCUAGAAGUUGUAAAAAAGAAUUAUUUUACCUUUCCAAGCCUCUCCUCCUUUCCCCUCAACGUUAUAGGUCUGUAAGCAAAGAGAAGUUUAUUAUUAUUUUUAUUAAUAUUGUUUCCGUCAUUUUUCCCUGAUCCAGGGCACAUGAUAUAUAUUUAAAUAUCUUAGAAUGGUGGUUUUGAAUGAAGGGGAUUCUGUACAGUGCUGGUGUGCAACCUUGACUUUAAGA